AGGGGUAGUUUCGCGUAGGUCCCCCUACUCCCCUUCAGGGGUUUCCAAAAUUUCGAAAAAAUUCCCGUGACUAACCGUGACCAAGCUCCAGUCACGGUCACGGUCACGAACGUUCACAAGGUAUUGUUCACGGUCACGGCCGUGAUCGUGAUCGUGACCAUGACUGCCGUGAGUCACGGCGGUCACGCCAGGCACUAGUCAGUACCUGGUUUAACAGAUAUCUGUUAUAGUAAAGACAGAAGUACGAUCAUUUCCAGAAGGUGAAAUUUUUCAAAGUUUGAUCAAGUUGACACAACCAGCAUCGAUUCUGCAUUUAUCUGGUUGCUUACUCUUCGUCGGAACAAAGUAAAAGGAAUUUUUCUUUCAAUGUUAUUUAUUGUUUAUUCCUUUUCUUUUUGCAAAGAGAUUUCAUACUCACAAUGAUAGAUUUAAAUGAUAAAUCAUUAGAGAACAUAAAAUAUUUUCCUGAACACAAUGCACCAAUUCUUGAUUUAAAUGCAUAUGUCGAGAAACAGUUGGUGGUUAGAAACUGAUUUCUUACGCUUGAUUUCGAUGAAAUUCAAUCUUUUUAGGCAACAUAUUCUAAUGAUUGUAUUCGAAUUUUCAAUAUUAUUAAUAAAACAUUAAAUAUGUGGAUCGAUGUUUAUAGAGAAUCGAAUAAUAUUCAGUAAGUUUUAAGAAAUGAACUCUUCUUUUCGCGGAAAAUUUUUAUAAAUUUUGAUUACAUACAUUAUCUGUAAAAUUUGAUUGGGACAAAAUAGAUGAAGUGCAUAUUAAAAAUUUUUCUUAUAGAGAUUUUAUUUCGUAUAUUUCUAGGUUCUUGCACUUCCAAUACUGUUGAAUUUCAUUUCAUCGAUCAAUGGACGUUUGAAAACAAUUUGACUAAUGUUUGUUUUUCUUUCGACUGGAUAAGUACGUUUUGCAUUGAAUUUGUUUUUUCAGAUAAUCAAUCGAAUUUGUUUUAAAUCCAGUCAAUUGUUAUUUGUUUUCGACCGUGUUGAUGGUGUAAUUGCACUGGUUAACAGGGUUUCUCUUAUCAUUUUGAUGAGGUUCGAAAAACAUUUGUUUUUUUAAGCUUUUUAAAAAUUUAUAUUUACAGCUUUUCAACACAAGAGAAUGUUUUUAAAAUUAUUUGGAACAAGUUCGGAUUCACGUAUGCUAAUAUGAGCGAUAAUCUGUGUACAACAAAUGUUACUGAAUAUUUACGAUUAAAAACGUCACCAUCACCCAAUAUUAUUAUUCAACAAAGUCGUGAACGAAUAAAAGAACCACGUGAUAUGUUGAUCAUAUAUCUUCAAUAUUAUCUUAUAACUAAACAGUUUCUCAUGUGA